AUGUAUUUAAGACCAUCAGAGAUAUACUUCAGCCAAAAAGAAAUAAAUAAUCAUUUCGACAAACGAAGCUCUCAUAGAAACAAGAAUUUAGGAGAAACAUUAGAUGAGUUAGUGGAAGGACAAUGUAGUAUCAACAAUAUACCUACAAUAAGCGUCAUGUGGAGAGGCGGGAAAUGGGUAACUGCUGAUAACAGACGAUUAUGGGUCUUCCGCCAUCUUGAAAAGCUGGGCAAAUGUACUACAAUUCCUGUGACGGAAAUCUAUCAGAUUGACCCUCGGAAGUUAAACUCUAUAACCGGUGGCAGGACAGUGAGAUUUUAUUAUGGACUUUCUGCAACUGGUAAAUGGCACCAUCGAGUGUCAAGCAUAGACCCAGACGCAGCAUUGGCGGCACAACCAGAAACAAGCACACGAUAUGUAACCAGAAAUCCUUAUACAACUUCGAGUCUAAGUAUGCUUAGAACCCCUACAAGUUACGAUCAACAAAGUCCACAAAGAGACUAUUCCAACAUCAAUGAUUUCCAUGCAGCGAUAUCAAACCUUUCAUUGUCAACAACCAGAAACGUCGAACGCCUUAAUCCAUUGGAAGUUCGAUUCACCAAGGAGACAAUAACAAUUAACUCUUAUUUUGAAAAUUUGAAACUCAGUUUAAGAUACAGUGCUAAUGGAGAGAAUAAUAAUCCCAUCACUGUGUAUAAAGUAUUCGGGAAGUAUUGGGUCACGGAUGGUAACAAGAGGCUAUGGGCAUAUAAAGAAACACGGUCUCUUAACGUGGGGCUUUGUAUUCCAGUAAAGGUAAAGGAAGAUAAGGAGGAGUUCCUAGAACUAAUGCGAAAGGAUCGUCCAUGGUUGUCAUUAAUAGAUAUUUUGCAGUCUGGGGAAAAUAUACAAAUACUUACAUAAUAUUUGUCAAUUUGAUAAAUGCGUUGACAUUUUUUAUUAUUUCUUGUGUGUUGUUUUAUCAUAAAAAUGUGUGUGUUAUAGAAAA